AUACAAUACUUACAGAACAGUCUGACUUGCUUCUAGCGAGACUGAUCUAUGUAAAUUGACUUCCUUUCAAAAAAAGAUAACCUUUCAAAUUGUCGAAUAUAUAAAUACUGCAACACAUUAUGAUGUGGAAUGUGUUCGACAGAGCCACUGCUGUAUCAGCUCAGCAGAGCUUUUGUCAAGGAGUGGAUUCUGCUGGGACAGGAGCUGGCCAUGGGAAUGGGCAAGCCUGUGUUAGACAUUACAGGUGAUGACGAAUCUCAGAAGGUAUUCCAGAUACUUAAGGCAUGGCGGACAGAGACCCCCCACGGACCGCUCCACUACUUGCCGCAGCUGCAGGAAAUACUACUACAGGACAUGGGCGAGCAGAACUUGGCUACAACUGUACAGGACAUGUACAAGAAGUACCGUGAUGCAUUGGAGUGUAAAGAGGUCUAUCCAGAAAUGACAGAAGACAAACAAUGGUCUCUGCAUCUGCCAGUUGAAGGGAAGUACCUGUGCAGACGGACCGACCUUGGCGUGGUGACGCCCUACCCGCUGCAUGUGACCUACAAGAGUGCGAACUGGUCCGAAAACUGGGCGGAGGUGGAGGAAUGGAUGCCGGUGGGUCAGCUCUUUUCCAUCCAGUGUGAGGAUGUAGAAGGCCCAGUGGACAUCCUACUGCCACACGUCCUGCAUCUGACUGACAACACAGAAAUCACCAGGGAAAGCCUACAAGUUGUCCAUGUGGUGGGUGAUUCAGUCGAGCUGCUGCCAGUUACAGAACUCACCUCUUCCCACGCUGUGACCAGGUUCAAGAAAGGCAGCCUGUUUGGGGUGGUGGGCAGGACAGAAGAAGUGAACAGUGUAUCUAGGAGUUGCCUUCUAAUGGCCUUUCGUUCUUUAGAGGACUCUGACCUCUCCCAAUUGAAAGUCUACAUUGUCUCCAACACUAAAGAGAUGAAAGAGACCCUAAAAGAGGAUGAGAGAGAAUGGAACUUUGUGCCAUGUGACUUCAAAACCUGCCUUUUGAAUCCAGGUGACAUCUGCUGCCUAAAGGGGAUUGUUACAAGUGGGGAGGACACUUUAAAUGUGUCUAUUUCUCCAGAGUACCUUGUGUUUGAGGAUACCCUCAACAACAACAAAUACUACGAAUCAUUCCGAGUGAAAGUUACUGCUGAGAUCUGGAUGAGCAACACCUCACAAUUGCACCUGGAACUGCUGAAAAGGACUGACGUUGAAGCAGAGGAGACGUCCGUUUCAAAACUAACACUUGGACGGUACAAGCAAAGUACAGCAGCUGGAGAAGGUGGCAGCAACCUUUCCACACCUACAGAGACAGAGCCUGUGAGCAAGCAACUGCAAAUACCAAUUCCUUCAGGCUUUGCAGUACCAGUAGUCUUGUUGGUUAACGACGAGUAUGGAGCCUCCAAGGGGGGAGUUUCUACCAUUAACUACCAAGUUGGCCAAAUGCUGACUAAGGCCAAAGCAACUGUGUACUGUACAGCCUUGCGUGUGCCGCAACAAGACCAGGAGGCAGCAGAGAGGUACAAUGUCCACCUGAUCAAACCAUAUCGACCAGACGGGGACACAAGAGAGCCAACAACAGAUUGGCUGGCCUUUGACUACCUAACCCGUUACCCGAAGUCAAAGUUACCAGAACAUGUUGACGUCAUCAUUGGUCAUGCUGACAUCACAGAUACGGCGGCACAAAACAUCCAGAACGCUUACUACAAGGAGGCAGAGCUCAUCAUGUUCACGCAAGUCCUACCGGAGGACACCGAGUACUUCAAUGGAGACCUGAAGGCUAUCAAAGCUUCGAAGAAGGAGGGGAUGAUGCUUGAUAAAGUCGUCAACGCAAAGGCAGCUUUUUCCGUUGGCAAGCGGACCUACAACCACUUUGACACCAAGUACAAAGCAAGUAAGAAACCUCAGAGUCAUCACAUCUUCCUCCCGAAGCUAUCCGAGAUGUAUCUGGCCACCAAUGUGACACCUGGCGGAGAGGAGAAAGUCGUCCUGUCCAUUGGCAGGGUGAGGGAGAUGGAGAAGCUGAAAGGCUAUGACAUCGCGGGACCGGCUAUGGGGGAUGUGGCGAAGGAGAUCCCAAACGCACGGUGGUGUGUUUGCUGUGACAACGAGAACGACUAUGAGACAAGCAAGAAGAUCCUUGAAGACAACCUGAACAGUGGUGACCUGAAACUCAGUCUGCUGCUCUACGAGACCCAGGAGGACAUCAAGGAACAUAUGAUGAAAUCGCACCUGGUCCUGAUGCCGUCCUGCUCCGAGCCCUUCGGACUGGUCGGUCUGGACGCAAUUGCGGCGGGCAUCCCCGUCCUCAUCUCCGACAAGACUGGCCUGGCAGAGAUGAUCCUCAACCUGGUCGAACAGGAGAAGCUCAGCGCAGAACACAGGCACGUCAUUGUGAAAACCAGCGUGAACGACUCUGAUACCGCAGGAGACGCAAAGAGAUGGGCGAGCAAAAUCGUCGACAUCCUCAAGUACAGCAAGUCGGAGUUUGAGAAAGCUGCCCGGUUGAAGCAGGAACUGGUGGAGUCCAGGUACUGGGAGGAAUCCCACCGCAACUUCCUGCAGGUCUGUGGCAUCACGACAGCUCAGUAGAGGUGCACUGAAGCCAUCCGAGAUGUUCCUGGCCACCACCGUGCGACCUGGGGGACAGCAGAAAGUUGUCCUGUCAAACGGCAGGGAGAGAAACUGAAAGGUCAUGACCUCGCAGCACAGUCCAUGGGGGAAGUGUAAAGAGGAUCAAGAACGUCCAAUUGCGCGUGCGCGGCAUCAGCGAGGAUGAUGUCAAGUCCAGCAAGACGAUCUUGGAGGACGACCUGAAAAGCGGAGACCUCAAUCCAACCGUCCUGCCGUACGGAAUACAAGGGGACAUCGGGGACAACGUGGUCCUGAUGCCGUCCCGCUCCGAGCCGUUCGGACUGGUCGGCCUUGAGGCCAUCGCAGCGGGCAUCCCCGUCCUCAUCUCCGACAAGACUGGCCUGGCAGAGAUGAUCAAGGACCUGAUCAAUCAGGUAAAGAGCCAGAGGUGUCAUCAUGAAGACGAACGUGAACGACUUUGAUCUGGCUGGAGAUGCAAAAGAAAUCAAGGAUGUCCUCAAGCACAGUGAUGCAGAGUUUAAGAAUACUGCCAAGUUCAAGCAGGAGCUGGUGGAGUCCAGGUACUGGAAGGAAUCCCACCGCACCUUCCUGCAGGCCUGCGGUAUCCCGGCUGGAGCAGCAGACCUGUAGAGGUCAAGGGGCAACAUUGGACGCGACAGACAAAGCAACGUUAACGGCAAUGGCAAACUUUGGUUAAUUCUACCAUUUUGUGCAGUAAAGGAUUGUUUUUGUCAGGACAGUUGUUCAACUUCUCUCAUCCCCUCCUUUCCGCUCAAAUGUGAAAAAUCGAGAUUAUAAGGUUUGGAUUCAUACCAUGUACUGGUAUUCAAACUGGUACAUGGACCAAAGUAGCAUCCAUGGUAUCAUAUGGUAGCAAGUGUGUAAAUGCGGCGACUCUAAAGUUGCUACUGUGUCAUACGGUGGUAACUUGCCAGUGCAUAAGUCUACAGAUGCAGCGACUCUAAAGUUGCUACUCCAGCUUUGUAGGAUGACAGGACACAGUCGUUGCCAUAUAGAAAUAAGAUGCAAAACAUUUUCAAAAGUAAUUUUGGAUUGUGUGCCUCCUUAACAUGCAAAAGGAGAUAAUUAUAAGUGAGCUUCAUAAGCAUAGCAAAUGUUUACAAAGCACUUGUAAAUGAUAUGGUGUAAAUUUGUCUGCUGUCUUGUAACUAGUGAAGGACUGCUGAUUGCAUCCAUGUGUAAAUACUUUUUGCAUUGUAUAAAUAUUUUUUUGUUAAACAUGACUGUAAAUAU